GUGGUGAUGGAUGGGGGGGGAGGCACAUCAUUGCGGGAUUCCAUAGUAGGUGUGAUAGGAGCACGGCACUUAAGAGAAUCACCUACCUCAUCACCCCUGCAGAUAUUUGUGCGAGCAAAAAAGAAAAUCAAUGACAUCUACCAAGAAAUUGAGGAAUAUGUUGCAGAAACUACACAUUUUUUGGAAGGUCUUCAUAAUGACAAGGGUCUUAUUGAUGCCAAAGCUUUACAAGAAUUCAGAGAAUACAGUGGCCGAGUUGCAGGCAUCAAGGAAGUUUUGGCACGAGAUCACAUGAAGGUGGCUUUCUUUGGAAGAACAUCAAAUGGAAAGAGCACAGUUAUUAACGCUAUGCUGGGUGAUAAGAUCCUGCCAUCUGGUAUUGGCCACACUACCAAUUGCUUUCUGCAAGUUGAAGGAGUGGAAACAAGUGAACCUUACUUGACGACAGAAGGAAAUUGUGAGAAACAAAACAUAAAGGGUAUAGGUCAGUUAGCUCAUGCCUGUGUAAUAAUAAAUUAGGUGAUUCCUCUUUAGUGCGUAUUCACUGGCCAAAAACAAGAUGCCCGCUUUCUCAGAGAUGAUGUUGUUUCUUGUUGAUUCCCCUGGCAUAGAUGUCUCAGAAAGCUUAGAUGAAUGGAUUGACAAGCAUUGCCUUGAUGCUGAUGUAUUUGUGUUAGUGGCAAAUUCAGAAUCAACUUUGAUGAACACAGAAAAGAACUUCUUUCACAAAGUCUCCUCAAGGUUGUCAAAGCCAAACAUUUUCAUUCUUCAAAAUAGAUGGGACAUGGCUGCAUCUGAACCAGAAUUUUUGAAUGAGGUAAGG